GCUUUCCUGUUUGCAUUUUGUCUUGUUCAGGUCGAUCGGUGGAGGAGGCGGUCUGGAAAAUGGCUGACGGAGUUGAUCACAUCGACAUCUACGCCGAUGUUGAAGAGGAUUUCAACCAGGAAUCAGACUACCCUGCCCAUGACCAGAUAGACUUGUAUGACGAUGUUAUCUCUCCUUCGGCCAAUAAUAACGGAGACGCACCUGAGGACCGGGACUACCUGGACAACCUACCCCCACCUGCUGGCUCCGAGGGGAACAAGAGCACCCCGCCCAACGUGGUUUACACGUACACUGGCAAGAGGAUCGCCCUGUACAUAGGCAAUCUCACAUGGUGGACAACAGACGAAGAUUUGACAGACGCCAUUGGAUCAAUAGGCAUUAAGGAUCUGCUGGAGAUCAAGUUCUUUGAGAACAGAGCCAACGGCCAGAGUAAAGGGUUUGCCCUGGUGUGUGUGGGCUCAGACACGUCCUCUAGGAAGCUACUGGACCUGCUGGCUAAACGGGAGCUCCACGGACAGAACCCCAUUGUUACCCCCUGCAACAAACAGUCCCUCAGCCAGUUCGAGAUGCAGUCUCGGAAAAGUACAUCGGGUGGGCAGAUGUCCGGAGAUGGGAAGGCGGGACCCCCCACCAUGGGCCCCCGCGGUGGCUUCCCCAUGGGCAUGGGUAGGGGCCGAGGCCGCUUCCCCGGGCCUCCUGGUCCUGGAGGAGACCGCUUCCCUGGGCCCAUCGGACCCGGAGGGCCCCCACCACACUUCCCAGGGUCGGGGAUGAGGCCACCUGAACUCAUUAACCAUAGACACCAAGAAGGCCACCUGAUGGAUAUGAAUUUCAAUUGCUUCCCGCCGGGACGUGAUGGGAAUUGGCGACCCAGAGGUGGUAUGCAGGGCCCACCUCGACCCCCUCCUGGCCCACUAGGUCCCCCUGGACCCCUAGGCCCCCCUCCCCCAGGACAGGGCCUCCCCCUCCCAUGCAAGGUCCCCCAACCGUGGCGACCGCCCCCACCCCCGGUCAUGUUCCCCGGCCAAUUCGGCCAGCCCCUGGGUCCUCUCCCCCUGGCCCCCCCACACGGCUUCGGCCCUCCUCCUGGCCCCCACCCCCCACAGGGCCCUCCACCCCCGGGUCAUUUCCCUCCUCGCCCCCCCGGGCCGCUUGGACCACCUCUGGCCCUCGCUCCCCCACCACACAUGACCGGGCCCCGACCUGGAGGCCCCCCACCGGCUCCCCAUGUCAACCCAGCGUUCUUCCCUCCUCCUGGGGGUCCUAACAACAUGGGGGGCCCUCCUGGAGGAGACGGCAGGGGCCCCAACGGGCCCAACGACCCCUAUGGACGUCCACCUCCGUAUGACCGGGGAGACUUCGGCCCCGCCGGCAGGGAGAUGGAGUCGGCGCGGACACCGCUGAGCGAGGCAGAGUUUGAGGAGAUCAUGAACCGGAACCGAGCCAUCUCCAGUAGUGCCAUCUCUAGGGCGGUGUCAGAUGCUAGCGCUGCUGACUACGGCAGUGCCAUAGAGACUCUGGUGACAGCCAUCUCUCUGAUCAAGCAGUCCAAGGUCUCAGCUGACGACCGCUGCAAAGUCCUCAUCAGCUCUCUACAGGACUGUCUCCACGGCAUCGAGAACAAGUCCUACGGCUCUGCCUCCAGACGCGAGAGGUAGGAGCGUGACCACAGCCGAUCCCGGGAGAAGAGCCGGCGCCACAAGUCCCGUAGCCGCGACCGCCACGAGGACUACUACCGCGAACGCAGCCGGGAGAGAGAACGACACCGCGGGGACAGAGAACGAGAACGUGAACGAGACCGUGAGAGGGAGUACCGACAUCGUUAGAGGAGCCUACGGAAGAGGACAGGGAUGAGGACGCCUCUUCACAACCAGCAGGCCCUACAUCAGGAUCGCCUUGUCAACUAGUCCCCCCCCCCUCUCUCUCUGUCUGUGUCUCCAUGGUUACCAGGGGACUGACUACCUGGGAAUCGCUCACAGCUGUGUAAGGCUAUAAGUAGUGUUCUUUAAAAUCAUUCUCAUGGUAUAAAAAAACUACUCAACAGCUAUUUUUAUUUUACUGAAAUUUUAUUUGAUGUGAACGAAAAAAUGAUUACCUACCUGUGUUGACAGGCUUCUUUCAAGCUUUGCGAAAAUAACAAAUGACUACAUUUGCCUGCUCUAUUCCAAAACGGACAACUUUUGACUGCUAUAAUGUGUACAUUUUGUCAGGUUAAGAGCUGAUUUUUACAGGGAGGUUUUUUUGUUUUUUUCGUCUUCAUUUCCUCUCGUGCCCCUCCCUACUUUUCUCGUUAGGAUAAUGUUUGUAAAUGUCUCUGCUCUGAAUAUUAAAAUAGAUUCUGUGUUGUAAUAAACUUGUUUACUGGG